UUUUUCCGUACGUUCUCGCGUAAAUCUCGCAUAUUCCAGUGUGCCCGUCUCUGUGCCAGUCCUAAUUGACCGGGCGCUGUCCACACCAGCUACAGAGACAAUGGCCAUUCCUCCAACAUAUGUAGAUCUGGGCAAGUCUGCCAGGGACAUCUUCACCAAAGGAUAUGGUUUUGGUCUAAUUAAACUGGACUUGAAGACGAGGUCAGAAAAUGGAUUGGAGUUCAAAAGCUCUGGCUCGGCUAACACGGAGACCAGUAAGGUGGCAGGGACAUUGGAGACCAAGUACAAGUGGGCAGAGCAUGGGCUGACCUUCACUGAGAAGUGGAACACUGAUAAUACUCUCGGUACGGAGAUAUCUCUGGAGGACCAGUUGGCCAAAGGCUUGAAGCUGACAUUUGAUUCGUCAUUUUCUCCAAACACUGGCAAAAAGAGCGGUAAGCUCAAGAGCAGCUACCAGCAUGAGCACAUCAACCUGGGCUGCGACGUAGACUAUGACAUCAACGGCACUGCGGUGCAUGCAGCUGUGGUGGUGGGCCUCGAGGGCUGGCUCGCCGGAUACCAGAUGACUUUUGAGGCUGGCAGGAACCGCAUCUCUCAGAGCAACUUCGCUGUUGGCUACAAGACUGAUGAGUUCCAGCUCCACACAAAUGUGAAUGAUGGGACAGAAUUUGGCGGUUCCAUCUACCAGAAAGUGAAUGACAAUCUGGAGACCGCAGUGAAUCUGGCCUGGACCGCUGGCAACAGCAACACUCGCUUUGGCAUCGCUGCUAAGUAUCAGAUCGACGCAGACGCUUCCUUCUCGGCCAAAGUGAACAAUUCCAGCCUUGUCGGCCUGGGAUAUACUCAAACCUUGAAGCCUGGAAUCAAGCUGACCCUCUCUGCUCUUCUGGACGGGAAGAACAUUAAUGCAGGCGGCCACAAGCUGGGUUUGGGUCUGGAGUUUGAAGCAUAGGAAACUCAGGGUUGCAAUGAUCCGAAAUGUAUUUUUCGAAUACCUACCCUCACAAACCCUGUUUCUCUAAGAUGCCCUGGCUAAGGAAACGUAUUAUACUCGGUCAAAUUAUGCAUUAGCGGUGGCUCACUGUUUCAGAGAGUGGAACAAAUGUGUGUUUAUGAGUUACACUGAUAGGUCACAGAGAAUGAAUGACGAGCAUUUGUGAAGUUUAUAAAUGGCUUAAAAUGUAUUUUCACUACACUACACGUAACAUUAUUUAUUACAGUGCUGCUGAACGUGGCAGAAUAUUUUUCAAAUGUUACUUUUUUGGGGGGAGAUGGUGAAUAGUUGUCUGGAAAUGUCGCUCACACCAGAGGUCACUAAUACUUAAUCACAACAUUCCCUGUUUCUGGAAAGAAAGUUUUCACAUCAACAAACUGUGACAAAGGGACCCAAAUACAACCGAUUUCACUUUGCGGGCUGUAGUAGGAGCCCUUCACCAAAUCGUGUGUGUGUGUGUGUGUACUGUUAUUGUCUUGUCUGAGUGUGGAAAUCCACUUGCGUAUCUUUUCCGUUUAUUACACAUGAUAUUGUUUUACUGCUGAAAACUUCCUAUACCUUUUAUGGCAAAACAAUUUCAGCUGUCCCUGAACAAAAGGAGUUUUGAAACAUUUUAAAAGGUGGUUGUAGUCUUCCAUUUUAAUGUAGGUUUAGUAUACUGUGGAUUUAGCUGUAUGUGUACUUUAAGUUGAAUUAAAACAUUUCAACCUGAACUGUGCUCUGUUCUCAAAUUUUCUCUUUUGUGUGCGUGUGCACGCACAUAUUUCAACUAAUGGAACUUAUUUAGAACUUCUAAAUUAUCAACCUGGCUAGAUAUCUUUUAAGUAUGCUGUUUAAAAAAAUUGUAUGGCCUGUGUGAUCUUCACUUUGUAUGUUCCUAAAAUAUGACAAAUAGACUCAUUUUUAAACACUGUUAAAAAAGGUCGAUUGCCUGUUCAGGGUUCCCACUCUUUUCAAGGCACAAUUGUAUGUGCCCAACAAGUGUAAUAUUUAAACAAACACACAUACACCCAUUUAAAUCAAGCUUUUAUUUUGGCAUUUGUGUGUUCUUAAUGGUAGUCUCAAGUAGUUUGCUACAUGUCCCAGUGUGAUUAUUCUCUGUAAAGCUGUGACUUAAUGUAAUAAAUAGUCUGUAUGUGC